AUGGCCCCGCAGAGCGACCGCUCGCCGGGUGAAGGGCAGCCCUAUUUCGGUGGCGCCGAGGACGCCCCCUCCGCGCCCGGCGGCAGCUCAGCGAGCAGCCGGGGUGCUUCGCCGGCCCGUACCGCCCUGACCCCGCGGGAGACGGCGGUCCGCAGGAAGGGGAAAUCGCGGCGGGGCCGCGGCAAGGCGCGGAGCGAAGGGCUGCUCAGCAAGCAGAAGAGGAGCCGGCGCAUGAAGGCCAACGACCGGGAGAGGAACCGCAUGCAUCACCUCAACUCCGCCCUGGACGCGCUCCGCAGCGUCCUGCCCACCUUCCCCGACGACGCCAAGCUCACCAAGAUCGAGACGCUCCGCUUCGCCCACAACUACAUCUGGGCGUUGACCCAGAGCCUUCGCCUGGCCGAGCAGGGCCUGCCCGAGCCCCCCCCGCCACCGCCCGCCGCCGCCGCCUCCCCCGGGCACUGGGACUCGCCCUGCCCCGCCGCCCCGCCGUCCGCCGCCCUGCGCCGCGGCCCCGCCGCCUUCCCCGCCUUUCUCUGA